AUGAAUAGUCCUAUUAUUUCCUUUAUUUUAAUUGCGAUUACAUGUCUAGCUGAACUUAUAAAUGCCGAAACUCAUACGUGGUGGUUCAAUACCACUUGGGUUGAUGCCAAUCCCGAUGGUGUCUUUGAAAGAAAAAUGAUCGGUUUCAACAACAGUUGGCCAUUACCUACUUUGAGGGUCAAAAAGGGUGAUAGGGUUCAAAUAUACUUGACAAAUGGAUUUGAUGAUAGAAACACUUCGUUGCAUUUCCAUGGUUUGUUUCAAGCAGGAUCAAAUCAAAUGGAUGGACCUGAAAUGGUUACUCAAUGCCCUAUUGCACCAGGUGCAACUAUGCUUUACAACUUUACAGUUGCUGACCAAGUGGGUGCCUACUGGUACCAUUCACAUACAGCUGGCCAGUAUGGUGAUGGUAUGAGAGGUGUGUUUAUUAUUGACGAUGACGAUUUCCCAUAUGAAUACGAUGAAGAAGUUGUUUUAACAAUAGGUGAACACUAUCACGAAACUGCAGAUGUAUUGAAACCAAAAUUUUUAAGUAGGUUCAAUCCUACUGGUGCUGAGCCAAUUCCUCAAAACUUGUUGUUCAACGAAUCAAGGAAUGGUACAUGGCACGUUGAACCAAACAAGACAUACCUCUUGAGGAUUUUAAAUAUUGGUGGAUUUGUUUCCCAGUACCUUUGGAUGGAAGACCACGAAUUUACAAUUGUUGAAGUUGAUGGUGUCUAUGUUGAACAAAACACAACUGAUUUACUAUACCUAACGGUUGCUCAAAGGUAUACUGUAUUGGUCAAAACAAAGGAUAACACCGACAGAAAUUAUGCGUUCAUGAGCCGGGUUGAUAUCGAUAUGUUGGAUUUGAUACCAGACGAGUUAGAAUUGAAUGGUACAAAUUAUAUUGUUUAUAACCAGGAUAAAUUCGAUGAAGAAAGACCAGAACCAUACUUGUUGGAUUCAAUUGACGACUACUUUGACGAUUUUUACUUAAAGCCACUUUCAAAAGACAAAUUAUUAGACGACGCAGAUUACACUAUAACCAUUGAUGUGCAAAUGGAAAAUUUGGGUGACGGUAUCAACUAUGCAUUCUUCAACAACGUUACAUAUAUCGCGCCUAAAGUUCCCACGUUGUUUACCGCUUUGUCUGCUGGUGAAUUUGCUACAAAUGAAAUAGUUUAUGGUACCAACACCAACUCGUUUGUUUUGCAAAAAGAUGAUAUCGUUGAUAUUGUAUUGAAUAAUUUGGAUACCGGUAAGCAUCCGUUCCAUUUGCAUGGUCACAUCUUCCAAUUGAUUGAAAGACAUGAAAGUAUACCAGAUGAAGAAGAUCCAGUUCGGUAUAACGCUUCCGACCAUGCUGAAUGGCCAGAAUAUCCAAUGGCUAGAGAUACUGUUUAUGUACAGCCACAGUCUUAUAUGAUAAUGAGGUUUAAAGCAGACAACCCAGGAGUUUGGUUUUUCCAUUGUCAUAUUGAAUGGCAUUUGGAACAAGGUUUAGCAAUUCAGUUAAUCGAAGAUCCUGUUGCCUUGCAAAAUGAUCCAAAUCAACAAAUUAAUGAUAAUAACAAAGAUUUGUGCGCGAAACUUGGAUUGGCUUGGGAAGGUAAUGCUGCAGCCAACACCGAGAACUUCUUGGACUUGACAGGAGAAAAUGUUCAAUUUAAGAAUCUUCCAACUGGUUUCACAGCUAGAGGUAUUGUUGCAUUAGUGUUUUCAUGUGUUGCUGGUGUUUUGGGAUUGGCGGCAAUUGCCUUUUACGGAAUGCAAGAUAUUUCAGAUGUCGAAGAGAGAGUUGCUAGAGACUUGGAUGUGGAUAUAAAUGACGACGAAUAUGCUGAAUCAGAUGAUCUCGUUAGAGGAUCUAGUUCUUUAGCUGAACAUUCUUCAACUCAGAAAAACUAA